AUGAAGAUGCAGGAGUGCUCUGCUCAGAUCAGACUGGUAAAUGGUGCAGAUCAUUGCUCUGGGAGAGUGGAAAUUUAUUACAAUGGUAUCUGGGGAACAGUCUGUGAUGAUUCCUGGGAUAUAUUGGACUCCAAUGUCAUUUGCAAACAACUGGGAUGUGGACACGCCAUCAAUGCAACUGUCUCUGCUCAUUAUGGGGAAGGAGCUGGGCAGAUCUGGCUGGACAAUGUGAACUGCUCUGGAACUGAAUCCAGUCUGUGGGCCUGUCCUUCCAGGGGAUGGGGUCAGCAUAACUGUGGACACACCAAUGAUGCAGGAGUUAUCUGCUCAGGUAGGUUCAAGCAAGUCAGACUCAUAAAUGGAGCAGACCAUUGUGAAGGGAGAGUGGAAGUAAAUUAUAGAGGCACCUGGGGGACAACAAUCUGUGAUGAUUCCUGGGACCUAUCAGAUGCCAAUGUUGUUUGCAAACACCUGGGAUGUGGGCAUUCCAUCAAUGUAACUGCUGCUCAUUAUGGGGAAGGAUCAGGGCAGAUCUGGCUGGAUGAAUUGAACUGCUCUGGAAAUGAAUCCUAUCUCUUGGCAUGUUAUUCCAGAGGAUGGGGCCAGCACAACUGUGGACACAAAGAAGAUGCAGGAGUUCUCUGUUCAGGAAGCAAGCAGCUCAGACUGGUGAAUGGGGCAGAUCGCUGCUCUGGGAGAGUGGAAAUCUAUAAUGAUGGCAUGUGGGGAACAGUCUGUGAUGAUUUCUGGGACCUAUCAGAUUCCAAUGUUGUUUGCAAACAGCUUGGAUGUGGACACACUCUUCUUUCAAAUCUCUCUGGACAUUAUGGGGAAGGAUCAGGGAAGAUCUGGCUAGAUGAUCUGAAUUGUUCUGGGAAUGAAUCCAAGCUCUGGGAAUGUCCUUCCAGAGGAUGGGAUCAACAUAACUGUCAUCACUAUGAAGACGUAGGAAUUCUCUGCUCAGGAAGCCAACAGGUCAGACUGGUGAAUGGGAUCGAUCACUGUGCAGGGAGAGUGGAGAUUUCUUACAAUGGCACCUGGGGGACAGUCUGUGAUGAUUCCUGGGACCUAUCAGAUGCCAGUAUCAUUUGCAAACAACUGAGAUGUGGACAUGCCAUCAGUGCAACUGUCUCUGCUCAUUAUGGGCAAGGAUCAGGGCAGAUCUGGCUGGAUGAGUUGAAAUGCUCUGGAACCGAAUCCACUCUCUCAGAAUGUUCUUCCGAGGGUUGGGGGAAGCAUAACUGUGGGCAUCAUGAAGAUGCAGGAGUGCUCUGUUCAGGAAGCAAACAGAUCAGACUGGUGAAUGGAGCAGAUCGAUGUGCUGGGAGAGUGGAAAUUUAUUACAAUGACACCUGGGGGACAGUCUGUGAUGAUUCCUGGGACACAUCAGAUGCCAAUGUUGUUUGCCAAGAAUUGGGAUGUGGACUCGCCAUCAAUGCACCUGGCUCAGGUCAUUAUGGGCAAGGAUCAGGGCAGAUUUGGCUGGAUGAUGUGAGUUGCUCUGGGAGUGAAUCCUAUCUUCGGGACUGUUCCUCCAGUGGAUGGGGUCAGCACAACUGUGGGCACGGUGAAGACGCUGGAGUUCUCUGCUCAGAUGGGAUUCCGGUGCUGCUCCAACCGGUGAAUGGAGUAGGCAGAUGCUCUGGGAGAGUGGAAAUUUAUUACAAUGACACCUGGGGGACAGUCUGUGAUGAUUCCUGGGGCACAUCAGAUGCCAAUGUUGUUUGCUAAGAAUUGGGAUGUGGACACGCCAUCAAUGCACCUGGCUCAGCUCAUUAUGGGCAAGGAUCAGGGCAGAUCUGGCUGGAUGAUGUGAGUUGCUCUGGAAGCGAAUCCUAUUUUUGGGACUGUUCCUCCAGUGGAUGGGGUCAGCACAACUGUGGGCACGGUGAAGACGCUGGAGUUCUCUGCUCAGGAAGCAAACAGAUCAGACUGGUGAAUGGAGCAGAUCAUUGUGCUGGGAGAGUGGAGGAAGCAAACAGAUCAGACUGGUGA